AUGAACAUCCCCGAAUUGUUGAAAGGUGCUACAAUUUGUUCUUCGAAAGGUGGUUGGCUGCUUAUCUCCAAAGGUAACAAGUGUUUUUUUUUCUACAAUCCUUUCACUAGAGCAACUAUCCAAUUCCCGGACUUACCAGAUGACAAGUGUGUUGUGUAUUCAGUCAUGUCUUUUUCGUCCGUACCCACUUCUUCUGAUUGUUCGGUUUUUGCCAUUUCUGCUUUUUUUACUGAAGAGGUUCUAAUUCUUUCAAUUAAACGAGGAGAUGAAUCUUGGACGAUUAAUAUGCUUGAUAAUGUUUAUGUGCCUCCUAAUAGGAAAGACGUGUCAUUCAAGCUGUCUCUUAACAAUCCAGUUUUCUGCCAAGGAGCUUUCUAUUGCUUAGAUUGCAAUGGGACUUUAGGAGUAUAUGAUUUGAAUGGCUUUAGUUGGGAGAUUCUUGUCAAGGUUCCACCUCCCAAUUGUAAUUUUAUAUACAAGAGAUUUUUGGUGGAGUGUGGAGGAGAACUUUUAUCUGUGUAUUUAUGUAAUUUCGGGGAAUGGGUUCGGGUUUUCAGGUUGGGUAUGCCUGAAAGUGUUUGGAUGGAAGUUAAGCAUCUGGGAAAGCACAUGUUGUGUAUCAGCACUGCAUCAUGUAUUUCAGCACUUGCUCCAAACUGUCGCAUGGAGAACAAAAUAUACUUUCCUAGAUUGCAUAACGGAGAGAUUUUGUAUUAUUCGCUUGAAACAGGUACGUAUAACUCUCUUUCAAGUAGUUCUCCUGCAGAUUUCUAUGACUCACAGAGUACUUAA